GUUACUGCAGGCAGCUCGGGAAUUCUGUUUUCAAGGCUAGACAGGAAACGUGCUUGCAGCACCGAACAAACAGACAAGCUCUCCUUGUAUUCUGUGAGGAAGCAAACAGUCGUACUUUACUUGUGGAGAGAUGACCCAACGUGAAUUUCAUCGGUUGAGAACUGUUGCACUUACUUGAAAACACUAAAAGCCAACAUUUUCAUUUUCUCCACCCAGGAGAGAUGGCGGAAAUUUUAACCGGAUUUCUCAUUUGUCUACUGGCAGUGCCGACCAUCCAGCAUGAUGGGAAUACAACCAGGACCACAAACAACACAAAAUCUGAAGUGGUUCCAAAAUCUUUCAAGGGCAAGACGUACCGACAGAAUCUGACAAAGCAGCUAUCAAUCAGCAUGCAUCCCAGUGGGGACCCUUGGUUGGAUGUGGACCCAGAUGAUGCUGCGACAGCAUACACCACAGGGGUCUUCAGCUCCUGGAUUCUUCCAUUAUCUUACAUGUUGGCUAUGCUUGUGGGUAUCCCUUCCAAUGCCUACAUUCUGGCUUUUCUGAGAGUGAGACUCCGAACCAAGUCCCUGUCCACAGUUGUGCUUUAUCUGAACCUGGCCUUGUCUGACCUGCUGCUCCUGCUUUCGCUGGCACUACGUGUUCACUACCAUUUUAGUGGAAACAACUGGGUAUUUGGGGAAAUCUCUUGCAGGUUGAUGACAGCCUUGUUUUACGGAAAUGUCUACUGCUCAGCACAGACUAUUGCAUGUAUCAGUCUGAAACGCUACCUGGCUGUAGUUAAGCCCUUCUUGUACAGGAGAUUGGCCAAGACAGCACUAGCAACGUGGGCGUGCUUGAUCGUGUGGUUCCUAUUUGGGGCGGCUAUUGUUCCAGAGCUCCUGGUCAGGCAAAGCUAUUGGCUAGCUCAGAUGGGAGUCACCACCUGUCACGAUGUGCUUCCACUUGAAGAAAAAUCCCAUUCACUGUUGGUGCCAUACAGACUGAUGCUGGUUUGUCUAGGUUUUGUAGUUCCUUUUAUAAUUUCCCUGUUUGCCCAUGCAUCAGUGGUAUAUCAUCUUGGACAAUCAGGAUGUGACUGGAGACCUUUCAUCAGGUUGAGCACUCUGGUUUUCCUCAUCUUUGUGGUGUGUUUUUUGCCCAGCGGCAUCCUGCACAUUGCACACUACGCCUGCCUGUUUUCCAGUGGGGACGACAAACUGUAUGGAUACUACAGAGGCGCUGUAUGUCUCUGCUGCUUCCACAGUUGUUUGGAUCCUUUCCUGUGUUUGCUCAUUUCUAAAUCGGCUACAUCAGAAUUACAAUUCAUCUCCAUCCGCAGGAUCCCAGAGAGGCUAGCUGUUAUGAUAUGUGACUGAAUGUGUGCACAGAAACUAAAUUGCCUUGCCAGACCAUUGUUGGGACACAUAAGUUGUAUGUACAGCAUUGGGACAUGAAUAUGCUGUAUCAUAAUAAAAUAGAAGCUAUUUACAUAACUACAUGAAGUUUUAAAGAUUUAUACAAUAUUAUCAGUGGUCAGCCAAUAAUGAGAGACAAAUGGCUUACAGAUUUUCUCCACAGUAUAUUUGCAUUAUCUAGUGGGGAAGUUACAAUUGCAUCAAUAAUUUAAUUUGCCCAUUGUGAGAGCUUAAGUGUAAAGAUAUUACAAAAAAAAUAUGAAUAUGUCCAAUGAGUCACAUUUGUGUUCUGCAGUAGAGUUUCCCACAGGGCUAAGAAUGAUUCUAAAACCAUAUUACCUGGCAGAGGAGUAGUUUGGUAUAGUGCAAGAUGUCAUGGUAGUGUUUGGCCGUGGCUGGCUUCACCCCUGUCAACUUGGCUGUGGGGAGGAGCAGGGCUGCAAGUGUCUGCUGAUGAUCUCCAGAGUUCAAUGCUUCAUUGAUCUCCGCUAUAGCUAUGAUGCCUGGAAGGAGGACAAAAAUAAGUUAAACUAGAUCAUUUUUGCGGUUUUGUAAAGAAGGUAGACAUUGUCCAAUUUAAAGACAAAUGCAGCAUAAAUCUGCACAAUUGUAAGUCAAGGCUGUAUGAUGAAAAACAACAACUUUCUUACGUUCAUGCUCUUCCUGGACCUGAAUGUUGACUGCAUCGAUACACUUUUGAACAUCAUUCCAGGUGAGGAACUCUUGUCCUUCGGUAAGAGUCUCUGCCCGCAAUUUGAUAAGAGUGUCAGCAUACCUGAUGAAAGGAACCAAGUAGAGGUCAGACAUCAUCAAAUUAAAUUAACUAUACACCAACUACAGAUACUGUACUAGCCUGAGGAAUAAAGAGGAGCAAGACUUUGAACUUGAAUGUCCUUCUGUGCUGCGAUUUCUUCAAGAAUGGGCACCAUUUUCACAAAUGUUUAAUGUCACUUUUCAUUGUUCCUUAACAAAAAUCCACAACAAUCUGUUCAACAUAAUAUACCUGUUUAGGUUGUCUUGGUCCAUGUUUGUAAAACCCAGAGGAGAGUCUGUUAGUUGCUCAACCACAGCCUGUGGAUCUUUGGUGUCCAGCACCUCAUUGAGCACAGCGACUGCUGACAGCAUCUCCACAGCUACACUUAACUCUUCAUGACUCAGGCCCGCCUAAAUGGUAAAAGAGAAAUGCAUGAGGUGCCACUUGAUCACCUAUUCCAAACUGAAAACAUGAUCAAUGUAAUAAAUAUAAGUAAAAAUUAUGGUUUCAUAUCCUACCCGUCCCCCUUGUAGUUGUAAACUAAAAAGCUCAUCCUGAUACAGCUUGGCAGCUGUUGGGUAGACGAUGGGAAGCUGGGCCUCUGGGUUUAUGAGCUCCUCUACAGUGCGAGAUGCAUCACCAAGACGAAUGGCAGUAUUGAUUGAGGAAACUGCUUCACGUUCUGGUCAAAACGAUCAGAUUUAACAUGACAUUAUAAGCACUCGCAAAUUUGAGUCAAAAAUGAGUUUUAAAUCCAUCAAUGCGCCCCAUUAGACAGCAAUUACUUCGUCUCUCUGCCUCAGCAAAGUCAUUGCAAGAGCUGACAACUCUCUGAAUCUCCUCCUUGUCUACCAGUACUGCCUUUCCUCCAUCCUGCAAGAAAUAUUAAAAUAUCAGAGUGACAUCAAUAUGUAAAUGACGGUGACAAAUAUUUGAAGCAUUUGUUUCAACUGAAAUUACAGUGGUUGAUUCUUUUUUUCUUCAGCAGAUAAGGUUACAUGUAGACAAAUUAGUUGUAAUAAUUCGACUGUCUAGAAUACAGCUGCAUAGCCAAAUAUGCUUGGAAGCUAAUAAACAAUAAAUAUGACAAUGUUGAGCAGUGCUGUGUUUCAUUGUUGCUAUCUAAUUGCACCUGCUAACCAAAUAUGGAGCAGGUAUGAUUUACUUUUUUUCAGUUACAUACAUGGUGAUGAAGGCCAUGCAAGCUCGGACUCAGUUUACCUUGGAUUUGUGCUGACAAUAGGCGGUAAAUUGCUCCAGGUACCAGCUGCAGUUUGUGUCCUGUACACCAAGCAGGCCCAGAGCUUGCAAACUCAGUGCAGCCAACAGAGCCCCUUCAUCUUGGGUACACACUGCUUCAUUUACCUGCCUUACUGCUGCUUGGACUUCAGACAGAAAAAAAGACAGUUUGUUGGUUGUAAUAUAUACAAUUUACAUUUAUAUUUAAAUCACAACUGAACACAUACAUGGAAUCAACAUUUUGGCCAAUUACACUUGCUUAUA